AUGACGGUCGAGACGCUUGGCCCUGCUCUAGCUGCAUCGACAGUUUCGAACACGCCAGUCUUGGACAUCGACUAUGACCAGCUGCUCCAAGACGUGACAAGAAUGUUUUUCGGCGCCAUUGUCGUAGAGGGUCGCAUUCUCAAGUUCUCUCACAGCUCCUUCUACGACACAAACAUACCUAGUGAAAACGGUGACGGGAACCCACCGUCGAUUCACGGUUUCUCGGCCAAGACUUGCUUGAAGUACCUCAUGCACCAGGAAGUGCAGCAGCUAUACGCCAAGCUCUCAGUCGACAAGUACAGCGGAGACGUCGUUAAAAAGGCCCUCGUGCUUCCCGGAGAUGACUUACUGGAAUAUGCGGUCCGAUUUUGGGCCGAACACUAUCGGCUUUGCGAAUCUUAUCGACCCACCGAGCUUGCGCUUGACUUCAAUCGUACCAUCACAGAAGCCGCGCGAAACGGUAACGAAUACAUAGUGCGUCAGCUUCUAGGAAAAGUUCAGCCCCAGAAGUCGGGAUUGCAAGAUGCGAUCAUCUGGGCCACAUCCUCUUGCAACGAAGGUGUAGUGGAGGAGCUCCUGGAGAGCAUUGGCUUUCUUGAUGACUUUACCUGGUCCGAAUGCAUCCUCUCUCGUGCCGCCGCCUCUGGUCUUGAUUCUUUGGUCUCUGCUCUCAUCAAAGCAGGCUGCAAUCUCAACAAGAGGAAUGAAGACACAGAUGAGACGGCUAUCCAUACAGCUAUUGCUUGGGGACAGAAGACAGUGGUCAAACUCUUGUUGGACUCCAAUGUCGACCUGCGCGUGCGAGAUAACCUGGGUAGGACUCCCUUGUUGUUAUCUUCUGAGGUCGGGCUGCCCAAGAUUGUGCAGAUGCUUCUCGACGCAGGAGCGAGCGUCAAUGAUAAGGACGAAAAUGGUGUGUCGGUCGUCAACACGGCCGUCUCCAACGGUGAAUUUGAAGCCCUCGAGCGACUCCUGGCAGCUCCCCCCCGGUCUGAGCUGCGGAACACGGCAGGCUGCAGAACUCCGUUGUAUGUCCUCUGCCACCUCUCCAACGUCACAGAAGGCCGCCGUCUUCUUAUCGAGAAGGGUGCGGCGCCCAAUCAGUUCUACGCUGACAAGGAAAUACUUCUCCGCCGGGCCAUGCGAACAGGAGACAAGGGAAUGGAGCCCUUGGCUUUUGCCAUCUUAUUCAGCGGGCUCCGGAUGGUGGAGUUCCUCAUCGAAAAAGGCGCAUCCGUCAACUACGACCCCCAAGAGGCGGAUUCUCUCCCGUACAACGCGGCUUACUAUUACAUUGAUAUCAAGAUCGCCAAGUUGCUUCUGGAACACAAAGCAAACAUCGAUUGGAAAAUUUUCAACGGGUGGGCUGCCCUUCACGCUGCUUACGACUCGCCCAAGUACGCGGCCCUCUUUCUCAAAUCCGGCGCAGACGUCAACAAGAUGAGCGAUUGCGGUACUGUGUUGAUGAUGUCGGCAAGGUGA